UGCAGUCACAAUUUCAUGUUUUCAUUUACGGUUUUUGAGUUUAAUAUGUCGUUUCUCCCAGUUUACUUUCAACUGGCGCAUUCAUUAAUAUUAGAAUAAACUGUCGAUUAGUGUUUGUAUUUGUUAAUACUAUGUCUACCAGAGAUAAAUGGGUGCGGCGGUUUUCAGUCGACGAAACCGCAAAACAUAAAAGUGGUUUUACUAUUUAUAAAAUAACAUCUGUUCUUUUCCCUAUAGAUUCCCCUGAAGCAGUGACAGUAGUUUCUGUAUGGAAAAGGUACAGCGAUGUUCAGCAAUUACACAAGAAUAUGAAGACAUUACAUGCUGGGUUAUACUUAAAAGGAACAUUUCCACCAUUGUCAAAAAGUUUUAGCAUGUGUAAAAAUCAAAGCUGUGCCAAUGGAUUGUUCAUCAUUUUUAUAAUUGCACAUAUAAUACUUGGUUGUAUGAUAAAGGUGAUAGAAGAAAGAGCAAAAUCAAUAAAAGAACUAUUGGAGUUUGUGGCGGAACAUAAACUGCUUUUUACAAGUACAGAUUUUGUAAAUUUUCUUCAGUCUGGCUACCCUGAUCCAGAGCCAAAGGGAGUUAUAAAUGCAAUUAGAUCCUCUCUCCAGCUGCCUAUUGAAGAUGCACCUCCACUUGAAUAUCAGACAUCUGAUGAUGAUACCAGGAGUCCAGAGAAUAAAAUUCUUCCACCACCAACUACAAGUCCAGUACAUUCGAGUAUACCAACUGACAUAUCACAAAUACCAAUAUAUGAAGCCACUGAUGUCGAAUUGCGAGAAUCGAGUCGAAAAACCGAUUCGAAUUCAAACAGUUUUGAAUCACUUAACUCACUUGAUAGUAUUUCCAGUGAUCUAUACGAUGAGCUGAGUAAAGUUACGAUAAGCAAAAUCAGGCCCCUUGUUAAAAAGAAUGUGUUGCCCGAUUUAAUUAAUUUUGAUGCGCCAUCCACGUCGAAAUUCGAUGAUUAUCACACAAUGCCGAAACGAUUCGAUGGAUCGAGUGUCGAUACGAUGUCGAUUAAUUCUUCUAUGAUGUCAGAGGUGGACGGAGUUGUGCAAGAAUCUAGAAAUCCAGGGAACUCACAAAGUAUAGAAACAAUCAGUAAAUAUGACACGGUUUCGUUGCGAUCGAUUGGGUUCGAAAGAACUCGGCGCAGUUCGUCGUAUAGUGUUUUGUCCCUGUCUGGUAUGGAAUGUAAAACGAAGACAGAGGAUAGUUAUGUAUUCGAAGCCGGUUAUUUAUUAAAUUUGGCGGCGAGAUGUGAAGAUUUGGGAGAAUAUCAAAGGGCAUUUGAGUUCUAUAAAUCUGGCAUUGAGAAGAUGCUUAUUGGUGUACAAUCUGAUUCGGAUCCAGAAAGGCGGGCGUUGAUAAAAGAAAAAACAAAUAAAUAUCUAUCGUAUGCCGAAGAUAUUUAUAAGAAGCAUUUGAGCGGCGCAGAACAGAGUCUAUUACCAGAGCGGGAGAUAGACACUCCAAAAUCAAUCCAUUGCGGGAUUCCCCUAUCAAUGCUUCGGCGACCGUAUGAAGAAUUGGCAAUGUAUCGCGUACUGGCAGUUCUUGGGAAUACCAUGAUGUUAGUACUGCAUAAGACUGAGCAAACUUGCUACGCAAUGAAGGUCAUUCAAAAAGUCCCGCAAAAUCUAACAGAAUUUGACAAUUACUUCCAACGCACUCAAGACACAAGAGAACCAAUUCUACCAACCCUCAUACCGUACAUGGUGCCACUUCACGCCUAUAUAGACUCAAAUAACUUAAUUUUUCUCAUACUAUCAUACGCACCUGGACAGAAACUAUUCGAUUAUAUCAAGAACUAUACACAAUCCAUCCCAAACACACCAAGGAGAGUAAAUUUAGAAAAUGUCUUUCCCAAACAAACACAUUCGGAGAAUAAUGUUCCGACAGAUGUUAAUCGAAAUGAAGAAUUGUCGGUUAAGGAAUUGGUUACUAGUUCUCAAAAGUUGUUGUUAGAUGUUGAUAAAGCGUUGACCGAGAGUGGCGAUAGUGAUGUGAAGAAGGAGAAUAGUGAUGUGCCUAGUCCUAGUGUUAAGUUAUCCAAAUCGCCCCGUGACGUGCUUCCACCUUCAACAAUAUGUAUGUGGGGAGCGGAAAUCCUAACUGCGUUAGAAAGUUUACACAACGCUGGUGUUAUUUGCCGUGACUUAAAUCCAUCAAAUGUCCUCCUAUCUGAUGGUGGUCAGAUCAUUUUGACAUACUUCAUCCACCACUCCGGUAUGGAUAUGGCAUUAUCCCAAAUCCGGCGGUCUCCAUGGAGUAUAUACAUUGCCCCGGAGUUAUAUACUCACGUUUAUAUGGAAGAGGAUGGAUUGGACAAAGUUUGUGAUUAUUGGAGUUUAGGGGCGAUCCUGUAUGAGCUUAUUUGUGGAGUGCCCUUAUCAGAGUACCACAAGUCAACUUUCACGAGCCAUACAAUCUUACAGCUUCCCGAAGAUCUCAGUGUUGAGGUGGAAUCUCUGCUCACUCAGCUCCUGACAUACGAGCCUUCGGAGCGUCUCGGCGGCGGUACAGAUGGUAUAAACGAAAUAAAGGAACAUCCCUACUUUAAACAUAUCGACUGGCAACACGUCUACAAUAAUUGGAUCGUUCCGGAUUGAUGCGAUUUAAGACAAAACACUGUGCAAUAUAAAAAAAUUGGAACGUAAUAAAAUUGUGAGAGGACAAUUAUAAGUCGACGUUUAUAUGCCUGUUCUAUUUUGAUAUAGGGCCCAUAUAUGAUACCGAAUGUAGUUACAAAAGUUUUCUCUUUUUAGAAUUAAGUUUGUGUAUCUUGCCUAAAAAGCUGGCAACACAAAUCCAGCUACUAUAGACACCUAUUCCCUUGCUUGGUUGCGUUUAUAAAAAUGCAAAAUUUCAGUAUUAUUACGAAUUUAUUAUAUAUUUUAAGCUGUUACAUUGUUCAUAUUGGGAUGGCUUACUCAACAAAAUUUCUAUCCCUCUAUUCUCAAAAUUUUAACAGAUGGUUGACAUUUCACAGUUGAUUAAAAUGUUAUAAUCUUAAAAAAAACGUAGCACGAAUAAAUUCACAAGUAAAAAUAAAUUAAAUAACUUUUCGAAAGUAAAUUGACAAAGCGAAAAAUGGUAGAUAAUGUCAUAAUUGUUAGUUAAAAAAAAUAUUACACAAGUGCAGAGAAGUAAUAUCGCCGCGGUACAAUGUUACUCAUCAGUAUUUUAAGUUAAUUAUCAGUAUUUUAAAGGAUGUUUAGGUUCACAGGUAUCUAAAGUAUUAAGCUUUGGCCCAAAACCUUCCUUUUAUAAAACGGUUAUUUUUUUAUAAUAAGAGUUUCUACUAUGGUGUGUCAGUCCUAACUUCAUAAUGUCAUUGUAUUGUAUUUGCUAAAGUAUUUAAAUAAGAAGCUUUUUAUAUUAUUAUUGUUAUGUGCCAGUUACAUAUUUUGUAACUGGCACAUAACAAUUGUUUUUAUAUAAUAAUUUUUUAAACUACAUCAUUCCAAUUAUAGUUUUAAAUAAAUUAUUUCCUAGGCUCAAAUACCGUUCACACAGUGUGACAUUUGAGUUUUUCUUUAGUAGUACAAAACUAAUUUUAUUUUCCUGAAUAAGAGAUACAAUUGUAAUCUGUGGCAACGCUACAGGUAUUAAUAUUCCAAAGAUGAUAUAUUUCACAUAAUCAUUUAAUACUUUGUCAAACUCAAUGUAGAGUGAUAUUAUAUAAAUUAAUAAGAAUUAGAGGAUAAUUAUUUAGGAAGACUUAGACAAGUAAGAUCUGUUAAUUAUAAGGGUAGUUCAGAGGGUAGAUUUAAACAUAGAGCUUAUAGGAGGGUAUUUAGAAUUUUGUAUUGGACCAGAGGUUGAACUUAGUAGGGGGUAUACCGUGAACUGACUUAAAAUUAAAUUGUAUUAAAAUGUCAAGUCUAUAAAAAAUUGAGGUACAUUUUAGUAUACUAUACUAUAUAAAAAAAUGUAGUAUCUGAUUUGUUUUUGAAGCAUACAAAAAAGCACAUCAAAAGUAUGCAUGAACCAAAGUGUGGUAUGUGUUUUUUAGUUUAAUGUAUGACAUUGAUCUCCGAGUAGAGUUAUCCUAAAAUUAUUAUUUCAUGGUGUUAAGCUGAAUUUUUUAAUAUAAUUUAUUACCAAGGUUAUUACGCGGCUUAAACAUGUCAACAGGUUAUUUAUUUUUAUAAAAUUAAUUUUAUUUUAUGUUAUUGUUGAGUUUGUACUUACCUGUGUCUAGUCUUGCUAGUGUGAAAAUAUGUGUAUGCGUUCCUAAUAUUCUUUUUAAAUUAACGCACGUUUUGAAAAUUAGUUUAAAUUGGUGUUAUUAGAAGAAUUUAACUAAGAAAUGUGUAUCUUUUAGCCUUUAAAAGCUAGUAUAAGAAAUAAAAAUAGUACUGUAUUGGUAUUUUUGUAGAUAUGCCUUUAAUUAUACACUGUGUAUAACUAAUAAAUUAU